ACGAAAUCUUAAAUUUAAUUGAAAAAAUACUUUAUUCAUUUAUUUGAACACAAAUAGAAGGGUCGCGAGAACUGAGAAAAAUGUGUACUCUUCUAUGGCUGCUAUUUGUUCUGAUAAAAUAUUUUUAAAACCACAUUUCUGUAUUGAAUUAGUGAUCGAGCAAUAGAAGCAAGUCAUCCCAAUUCGAAAAACGGAAACUUGAAUCAGUUGGCAAUUUAGGGUAAUAAUGGCGGCGAUAAGAGUCACAACCAGUACGGUUAUGGUUGCGCGAUCAAUUUUCCGGCCAAGGCUUCUUCCACCAACCUUUUCUCUCCGGGUAUUGCCGGUGACUGGCUUUAGAAAGAUUUCCUUACGAGCUCCGGCCGGAUUUUGUGCUGUAAGGUGCUCCUCAACGAAGUCCGGCGCUGGAGCCGGCGAGAAGAAGUCUCCGGCGCGGCUGGCUGAGGUCCAGCGGCUUAUGAACAAAGCCAAGGAGCAGUAUAAAGACGCAGGAGGUGGCGCGGAGCCCAUCCCUCAAAUAAGACUAGAUUAUGUGACCGUAAGUUAUGCUAGGAGCGGUGGGCCAGGGGGACAAAAUGUCAAUAAAGUAAACACCAAGGUUGAUAUGCGGUUUAAUGUAAAAAAUGCGCAUUGGUUGAGUGAAAGGGUGAGGGAGAAGAUAAUGCAAAUGGAGAAGAACCGGAUCAAUAAAGAUGGGGAGCUUGUGAUAUCUUCCACAAAGACUAGAACUCAGAACAAUUAUUUACAUAGUACUGUUUUUAGGGGCAACACUGAAGAUGCUUUGGCGAAAAUACAGGCUAUCAUCGAUGCUGCUUCCUAUGUGCCGCCGCCACCUUCAGAAGAGACAUUGAAAAAGAUUGCCAAACUGUCUGCUGCUGGGGAACAGAAAAGGCUGGAUAAGAAGAAAGCCCUGUCACAAAAGAAAGCACAAAGAAGAAGCCGUGACAGCUGGGACUGAUGUGUGGGCGUAUAAAAGCAUAGGCUGUUAAUAGUGAUUACUUUCCCGUGAUUGAGCCAUAAAGUGAUUUCGAGAGUGAAUCAAACUAACUUCGCCAGAACCGCUUAAGAAAGAAGAACCACUUUACCAUUCGGAGGAAGCAUACAAUUUACAAUAUAAUAGACUGGUGGCUCGUUAUUUAUGUGGCUAGAGAGCCUACAUUUUUUUGUUAGGUUUCUGAAGGUUUGGGCUUUCUUUUUAUUUAUUUUCACGAAAACUGACCCUACGUUUCAAAGAAACUGUUCUUCAUCUAGAGUGCAAUGGGCAAUAGCUAUUUUCACCUGUCAAAUCGUAAUUGUCUUGUUUGUGCUAUGCAUGCUGGUUGUUGCUGCUUUAUUUGAGUCCAGUACUUUGUGUUCAAGUUUGAGCUCGUGCUCAUUCAAUAAACGAGCCAACUGUCUCAUUUAGUUGUUCGAGUUCAGUUCAAACUGAAUUUUUUUUCUUUGGAUAGUUUCAAUCCUUGAUAAACUGCAGAUCGAGAUUCAAACUUUGAAUCUCUCAACUUUCCUAAAAACACUAUUUCUUCUACCUCCAUCACUUCCAAGACUAUUUUACUAUACAAACUAUACACAUACUACAAUAUAAAGGAAAAAAAAAACCCAAAAAAAUCUCAGCAUUUCCUGAACACAAACUCCUCUCCCGACCGCUGGUCAACAUGUUUGACCCAUCUGCUCUUCCUCUUCUCCCCACUACCACCCGUGGCCCCAACGUGCGCAAUAUCCAAACCUUUCCCGACUGGCAAAAAAACCGACCUCACGAUCCUCCUCCUCAUCUCCCCACCAAUCGCCUCCCGCCACCUGGACUCCGAGUCUGCCCGCCAGCUGGCGUUCUUGCACACGAGCACUGCCCCUCUCUCACACAACCUAGCAGCCCGCAAAAUCCCCGCAAGGUCGUCCCGCGCGCAGUCCGCCACCAAGAAGUCGAUCCCUUCCAAUUCUCCCACGGCACUUUCCGUGGGGCCCACCACCACUUCGCCAGCUGGCAGCCCGUGGCCUCUCAUGGACUCCGCAUAUGCUGACCUGGACGCCUCGUCAUUGACUAAGCAAACGUGUUUUGCGCCCGUGUGGGCUGCAGCAACUUUAAGCCCGAUGCUGGUUGCCAUGGGCCUGCCUCGGGCCCACGUCUCGACUAUUAGCCGGGCAUUCCACCCAGCGGCCAUGGCUGAAACGAGCUCGGCUAC